UAACGGUGGCAAGUCGGCCUUGCGCAACCAUUGGCGGAGCGGCAGCUGCGAACAACCUGUACAACAUAAAACGACAUUCCAAAGACAGCACGCCUCAGCGCUGGCCACUUUCAGUAUACGCUCGACUACAAGCCCGUAUAGUCACCAGCCGUAAGUUUACGGACGCGCAGCCUGCUGCAGAAACUGGCUGCUGCUGGGCACAAGAAACCCUCCAGCCCGUUCGUCAUCCCUUCUCCAUCCUUCUGGCAGCAAUGUUGUCCUUGGGGACAAUCGCACUGCUGUCUCUGGCCUCAUUCCAGUUGUUCCUGUUUUCUGCGUCGGCGCGCUCCUUCUGGAGACCUCACAAACACCACCAUGAGACUCGUAACGCAUUCAAGAUCUUGGCUGUGAAUCAGUUUGCCGUGGCCGUAAGAGACGUAAAUCAAGACCCCAUGUUGAAAUGUCUGACAGCGACUCGCAUCAACGUCGACCUUGACGUCCCGUCAGCGGCCUUCCUGUGGUCAUUCAACAGAAAUGACAGCGCUGCAAGAAAGAACGCCACGCUCCAUUUCACAAAAGGGCCAUCAAUCGACACUGCCAACAUAGUGGUGGACACUGACACCGCUCAUCCGGAUGUUGUUCGCUACCUCUACGUCGAUCGAGCCGUGACGUGCGCCAUCAUGGAACUGCGCUACUUUGGCUAUCAAUGUACGCUGUGGGUUAGUAACACGACGAAGCACUUUGUUUCAAAGAAAUGUUUUAAGGCGCACGCCAAACUCUGCGCAAACGGUGUUUCACUGUAUGACAAAAAUACCUGCGGAGAAUUUUGAGCAUUGAGCAAUAAUGAGAAAUAUCGAGAAAAAAACAAACAUCGCACCCAGACUCAAUAUAUCUGCAGUGUGAGAAUUCCGAAGUAAACAAAAAUGG